UACGAUAAUUACAUUUUAUAAAUUCAAAUUCUUCGCCAAUUUUAUUUUUCAUAAAAACAUAAUAAUGAUGAGCCGAAGUCUUGUUUUUGCACUCAUUUUAUUGAUUAUGGUUUCCAUAGUCAAUGCUAUCCCACAUCAACUUCAUAAAAGAACUACUUCAUUUAGUGGAUGCGCUAAUCUUCCACCAGAUACACCCGUACUCAGUGUAACGCUUUCACCUGAUCCUGUUGUUCAAGAAUCAACAGAUACGUUUACCAUUUCCGGAACACUAAAGCAAGAUAUCACUAAUGGCUACAGCCUUUAUAUUGCAUUUGUUGAUGAUGGUGGAAAUAUCAUAAGUAGUGAUAUAGUGGAUAUUUGUAAAGAAGUUACAUGUCCAGUUAAAGCUGGAACUCCAUAUAGUACCACACAGAACGUUUAUGUACCAAGGUUUAGGGGAACAACUUAUAUUGUAGUUGGAAUUGCAGAUGGUAUUGGAACUACUGCUAAUGUAAUAGCCUGUUCUACUGCUACCGCUUAAUAAACUAGUAAUUUUACGUCUGAACUUCUUAUUUUACAAGUAUUUAUUUUGAGAUAGUUUAAUUAUGAGUCUUUUUCUUUUCUUUUUUCUUUUUUUAAUCUAUUGAUAAAUUUUUAUGUUAAUAUAAUAUUUCCUAUACAAAUUGUCGUUAUAUACGGUAAUUGUACAUUCAAUUUGGAAUAUUAUCAAAAUUAAUGAUAAUUAUUGACUUUAGGCCUAUAAACACGCGAUUUUGUAUAAUUUGAUAUGCUUAAAUAAUUUGAUAUAAAUACACUUAAAAAUAAUUUAAUAAUUUAGCAUAAUUUGGUAUAUAUAAUUUGACAUAAUUUAUAAUUUAAUAAAUCUAUCUAAUUUAAACA